CCCUGAAACCAUAUAGUAUAUACAAUACAUGAUUUUGUCCUGUUGAACUUUUCUCCCGGUCCCGGUAAGUCAAUUAUCUCUUUGGGGGGCUAUAUUUUCAGGGAGUAAAAUGGGUAUAUUCCCCGAGUUUGGUGCCUGGAUCAGUCAGAACACACAACAUCCUACAAAAUCUGAAGAAAAUGUUAAAUCCAAGCCAAUGGCACAGCCAAAAACUCACGAGGAGAGAAAUGAGUUGAAGGAGCAAUUAAAACUAUGGAGAGAUGCAAAUAAGAAGGAACAAUAUCACGAAACUCCUCCUACCGUGAAGAAGGUGCGUACAGACCAUAAUUCUGGCAUUUCCUAUAUGAAAAUGGAAUUUACAUUAGGAUUGCCACCUCAAGCAGCUUACGGCUUUUUAACUAAUGAAGACAACAUAGCAUACUCCAGAGAAAUCAAAGGCCGCCCACUUCUGAAAUCCGUAUCAAGAAAAGUUAAACAAGAGAAGGAUGUAGGUGAUCAAGGGAGUAUGCUGGACGUGGAGGUUGAGAAAGAGUUGGCAUGGAACUUCCUUUUCUUGUCAGGAACUAUCCCAAUACGUCUAAAUGUCCUCGAAUACCCAAACAAACUUGACGUGCACUACAUGAAACAGCAAAAUGGAAUAAGGUCAAUGGAAUCGUUCGAGGGUUGGUAUACAGUGGAGCCAGUGUAUGUUGAUGCAGAACGCUUGUGCAAGCACAUGAAGCCAAAGAGUCAAGAAGAAUACAGAAAAUGUAGUGGUGGAAAAGGAUUAACUGCGUCCAAGGUUAAAGUGUUCCAGACUUUUAGGCCUGCUUCUCCUUGGGAUCUGCCACUGCUGUCUUCGUACGUUCGCCGGUUAACUGUCGAC